GUGGAAAAGAAGAAAAAAAAUGAGAGGAGCCCAAAGGAGAUAACAAUCAAGCGGUCCUAUUUACCAUAGCAUCACCGGAAAAUGCUGCAUAGCUCUGAGCCGCCCACCAAUUGCUGAUCGGUUGCGUUGAUAUACCGGGCAAAGAAAUAAGAGAAAAGCUGCCUCAAUAACCAGACAAUUGCGGACGGUCGGUGUUCAGUGUGUGUUACGAGUGGCGGUCGAGGGUGAGAAAGAAUCCUAAUAAUAAUAUCAAAAUAAGAGGGUCUCUGGACCAACAGCUUGCGACUCAUUCUUUCCCUCGUUUCGUCGCUGGAUCCCUGGGAUCGACAUCAACGAGAUAUAGCGAUAGACCCCCCCAAAAAAAAAAGAAUAAGGAGGAAGACAUUUUUUGGAUUUUCUCAAAGGAUCAGUUGCCACCCCACAGAAAAGAAAGAAAAAAAAGACGCUCGUAUGAGGGUGUCGUUCAACGAGAUUUGAAUGUCUCGCGGGAGAGAGGAUGGAAAGCGUCGCCAACGACAGUAGCGCAAUCGGCAAAGUCUUUGGACGUCGUCCCCUUCAGCUAUUGACUUUGGCGCCCAGCGCUAACGGCGGUGGCAGCAUCAGCACUCCUUCUUCUUGUUCAUCUUCAUCCUCUUCAUCGAGUUGUCAACAGAGCGACGAAUCGACGACGCCCACCGUCGCCCAGGAACUUCAAAACUUGCUCAAGAUCGAACCGAAUCAGUGUCGCUCGACCGUCGAGUACAACAACAACAACAACAACAACAGGUUGAUUACCAACAGAGACGCCGCAAUCACAUCCAGCAGCGCAAACAGCCAACAAGCGCAUCAUCAACAUUCUGUCGUCAUGUCUUCCUAUCACGGAGGAGACGAGAUGCUGGCCUCUUCGGCCAGAGGCCCCGCCCGUUCUGAAAGCGACGAGCCGACGGCCGCGUCUAAAAUGGGCCAACACGAUCACGACGCCGACCUCACCAAUAACAAUCAGAGAGACGUCCUGAUCCGUUCCUCUUACCACCAUCACCAUCACAAUAGCCACCAUCAUCAUCUGCAACAACAACAACAGGAGGAGCAACAACAACAGCAACAACACGAAGAUCCGUCCUAUGUCAAGAAAGAGGAUCAUCUCUUUUCAUCUUCGUGUCUCUACACGGAGUCGUUGGCCGCAGCAGCGGCGGCGGUGGCGGCAGCGGCGGCCGCCGGAGUUAAACAAGAGGAUCAUCUUCAUCACCACCACCACCAGCAACAACAACAACAGCACGGUAACAACAAUAGCAGCAGCAGCAGCAAUUACGUCAAGUUGGAACAGUCUGCCGAGCAGUUGCAUCAGUUGCACCAGGUGCAACAACAACAGCAACAACAGUCGGCCGGGCACGACAUUCACGCCAGUCUGUACCAUUCGGCCUUGUACGCCGGGCCCGUCUACGGCGCCGGAAGCGCUGGAGCUGCCGGUGGUGGUCACCAGACGGGCUACGUCGAUUUCGGACGGACCGAACUGACUGAUCAUUACUCGGCGCUACAAAAGCUCAGCUGCUCAUUCCCUCCGCCGGCUGCGCCUCCGCCGUCACUGGAUUGCGGAUCCAUCAGUCGGGCGGGAUCGGUUCAACAACAGCAGCAGCAGUCAGCGCUGUCCUCAACCGACUGUUUGCAACAGCAAUCGUCCUCAUCCACAUCCACCACCACCAACAACAGCAGCAGCACAACAGGAGGAAGCAGCGGCUACCGGAUGAUGAGUCCGUCGGCGGCAGCAGCGGCGGCCGCGGCUGCCGUCGCCGCCAUGUCCACUCCGCUGUACGCCAUGUCAUCGCUGGGCUACUCCGACUGGGGCACGUCCGGCACCAGUGCCAUCACGUCGUCAUCCUCCGGAGUCGUUUCCACAAUCGGCAAUGUCAACAGUUCCGGUGGCCAUCGGACCAGUUCCUCAUCAAAUUCAACGCCUCUAACCAAAGAUACCAACAAAUGUCCAACACCCGGAUGCACCGGCCAGGGACACGUGACUGGACUCUACACCCACCACAGGAGCCUAUCGGGUUGCCCCAGGAAGGAUAAAGUCACGCCAGAAAUUUUGGCGAUGCACGAAACGAUCGUCAAAUGCCCGACGCCGGGUUGCACGGGCCGUGGUCACGUCAGCAGCGGAAGGACGUCACACAGGAGUCUGUCCGGCUGUCCACUAGCGGCCGCUGUCCGGCAAAGUAAUCGCAACCGACAGCGAUUGUCUCAGCCGUCAUCCAGCAGUGGCGGAGGAUCAGCUAUCGCCACUUUGACAGUCAGUCACAAAAAUUCCGGUGGAAGCAGCAACAAAAGUGGGGACUUGACGUCAUCGCCCAUAAGUAAAUCGCUAACGUCUGUAGGCCAACAGCAACACAUGAGCGGCCAAUUAUGUGCAACGCCAAGUCCAGUUAAUCCUCUCUACUCUCACCAUCACCUCCAUCAUUCCCAGCAUCCGCAUUUGAGCCACUCGAUUCCAUCCAGCGUUGUACCCAACCAACACCAGAGCCUGUCGGGUCGCGGUGGACUGAGCGGAUCCAACAACAAGCGGAGUAAUAGUGACGGACGCAACGGUAGCGAUUGCAACGACAAUUUGACCAGCGGCGGCCUGAUCGACUCGUCUUACGGCGGAAUUUCGCAAACGCACAGCGCAUCGACGACCAGCGCCAAAAAGAGCCGAAAAUCCGGCGAUUUGAUGAUGAUGGACAAUCACCAGCACCACCUGAAAUCUUCCGUCGAUGGAAACAGUUCCUGUCGAUCGACUCCGCUGACGCCGAUCUCCUCCAAAUCCGGCGGAAGUCAAGACGGCAGUUCCAGUCCAGGCAACGGCACGUCGCCCUCCUUGUUCCACCAACAAUCCCACCAACAAUCGUCCUCCUUCAGGACUCCUUCGGCAAUGAUGAGCGGCAUGAUGAUGGCCGGAAGUAGCGCCAGCGAUCCGACAUCCGCAACGACCUACCACCAACCAACCCCAACCGCCUAUUACCAACAAACUUACUACCAUCAUUUGUACCCCAAUCCUCACCAUCAGCAUCACCACCACCAUACUGGGUACUAUCAAGCGUCUCAUCACCACCAUCAAAGCUGGACGACCGAUUUCACUGCUGGACUACACCACCACCACCAUCCGGCCGCUUCCGUCGUUCCCUCGGUCACGAUGGCCCUGCCACCGUCGGCCGUAAUAAGCAGUGUCACAACGAUUACCCCGGCAAUAGCAGCGGCCGCGACGGCCUAUCAACAUUCGUUCCCCCUGACGCCCGACGGCAGUUGUGGCAACCCGGCCGGAACGGCAUCCGGCGACAACGCCGCGAGUAACAACAACAACAACGGAGUCACGUCGUCUUCGAUUUACGAGCCCAACAACGGCACCAACGCGUUGCAGAGCAACAACAAGAGCAACAACAAGGAUUCCAUGGGAUCCGAGGAGCACAACCAACAACAACGGCAACAAGACUCGUACAGCGCCAUCCUUCCCGACAGUGUGGCCGGAUUGGACAAUGGGCAAGGCUUGAUUCAACAGCAGCAAUCGGAAAACAGUGACCACCACACUCCGUCAUAUUACACAAAUGUCGGAAAUGCAUUCACGCCCAGCACGGCAAUCAACUUGUCGGUGAAAUGCAGCAUCGAAGCGCCACCAUCGGCAAUCAGCGGUUCGGGGGAUGGUGAUUACAACGGAACCAAUAGCGGAGAUCCCUACACAAUCACCGUCCAGCAACACAAAGAGACUAAAUUGAACAGCAAUUUGCAACCAGAAGAGCAAACAGAUCCGCUGGAUUUCUCGUGCGGAGGCGGAUCGAGUAGCGACGAACUCAUCCAGCAGCAGCAACAACAGCAGCAACAACAACACAACGAAGACACGGGUGGUUACAAUGACGUCGAAACGGCAUCGGCAGCAGCCGCAAAAGCCGUGACCCAUUCAUACGCAUUUGGACGGCCUUUGCACGCCGAUUACUCGGCGGCCGAACGCUCCUUCUAUUACCGCGACAGUUUGGGUUACAAUGGAUCUCAAACCUCUUACAAUGGUUACGGAAGCUCAAACGGAAGCGAUCCGGCGGCCUAUCACUGUUCAACUUUCGGCACGAGUAACAACGACGCAAGUUUCCAGUACGGCGGGGGAGCUGGUGGUGUCGGCGGGAGCCCUGGGAGCGUCGCGACGCCCACUUCUCCCAUGUUGACGGCCUGUUACACUCAUCCAGCGCGGGUGGCUGUUGCUGGAUCGACGGCAGCGUCCUUGAUUUUCGGCCUGUCUUCAUCAGCUCAUGAUAAAACCAACGACUCGUCGUCGUUGUGCGUCCUGCGAGGAGGAUCGUCCGAGAGCUGGAAAAUGGCAACGUUGGCGACGACCAAUGCGGCCGCCGCUGCCAGCAGCGGAGUGAAUCAAAGUCAAGAAUUGAAAUGCCCGACGUUGGGUUGCGACGGCUCGGGUCACGCAACAGGAAACUAUGCCACUCACAGGACCCUGUCCGGCUGUCCGAGAGCCAACGUGGCCGGAACCAACGGCCGAUCGCGAACAAGCACCCGGGACUCGAGCACCGAACCCUUACGGUGAUUGUGUCGCCGACAGAUGGCUGUAACGAGAUGACAAUUCACGUACAAACAAAGUUCAACUAGUCCCCCCUUACAACAGCCGAUCCCGCAGCAAAUAGCGUUCACCAUCACCGUGAUGCCAUCUAGCGAUUGACACACAAAGUACCUCACAGUGACGAUCCUGAACGGAUCAAGAAAACAAAAAACAGGAAAUAAAAUGCACCAAUCAGCGCAAGCGCAACCGGAAACAAAGUGAUCGACGGUUAACAACCGGAAAAAGCGCAACCGAUCAUCUCAAGAAAGUAAAACAAAAUUAGAACCGAUAACAAAGAAAAUGUCUUUAUGACGGUCGAUUGAUUGGUCGGAAAGAGUUAUAAAGCACAAAAGAAAAAGGAAAAAACGUGCACGUCUCCUGGACUCCCAUAGCAACAACCUGGAAGGGAUUCCAUGGCCAACAAAGAGUACAACAGACAUCCAAACAUACGUAAACAUGACAGAAAAAUCUCCCGACUAUAAAAAUCAUCAGGCCAACAACACACGACCAACGAGGUGCUCUUGGCUCCGUCACAUUACUCAGGCUUCCUAUCCGUUGACAUGUUAUCAAACACAUUGUGUUAGCUAUACACGACCGCUGUCCACAUUGCCCACUUGAAAAGUCUGGCCAUUGUUAAUGAAAAAAAACCCCACAGAACAAUCACGCGCAUAUAUUCAGGCUGUUGAUUUAAAAAACCAAAUCCCAAAUUGUCUGAAAAUUCUUCUUGUCGAAUCGGUCCUUUGUUAUAUCCCAGUUACAAUGAUAAAUCGCAUGUAAGCAGUAAUAGAUAUCUAUAAUUCUAUACAAAUCGGAAAUGUUCUCUCAUUUUGUCGUCACUACGAAAAUGUUGUUAAUCGUGUCUCACGGCCAAAAAUAUUCUCCCUAGCUGCUAGUCGCCAUUUUAUCUGUUUGUCUAGUCAUCACUGAUUGAUUAGUCCCAAAAAAUCAAACGAUUUCCCAUUUCUCCCAUCACAUGUAUAAAAAUUGAAAAUUCAAAUAAGUCUGGAUGAAAUUCAAAUGAGGAAAAACAAACAAACAAAAAAAUUACAAAUGUGAAAUUUCCGGUGAAUUGUGUGUUUGUUUUAAUGUGGCUUUUUUUUACAAAAAAAAACAUUGUCAAGCGAUAGAAUCGCUAUCGAUUUUUCUACAUUCCCCUCAAACCUCAACGAUGUUUUUAAUGGAAAUCUAAAAACAUUUCUUUUUCCCCUUGUGAUGAUUGUGUUUGUAUCUUAGGCGAACGAAAGUUUUUUCAACAAAUGUUGUUCCCGUCUUUUAUUCCCAUCAACCAAAAUUCGUGGCUCGUGUAAUGUCAUUCUAUUCCGGUUGGUCGAUGUCCAAUUUCCAGCCGAGCGCGCAAAUUCAAAUGUCUAGUCAACUGAUUUGUUUUUCGAUCCCUUUGUUUGUUAACCCGCGAAAACAAAAAUAACAAAAGAUUUGGUGUAAACGAUUUAUCUGUUAUUUAAAUGGUUUCUCCCCUUUAAACCAAAAAAACCUUUUCGAGGUCAAUAUGAAAUUAAACAAAAAAAAAAGAAAUGUCGAAAAAUCACAACUUGUUCGGUGUGUAAACCUUGUUGUGUCUUGUUACGGUAUGAAUGUGAUUUUCGUUUUCUAUAAAAUUCGGUUCCUGAUUCUUGUUCAUUUCUAAAAAUAUGAAGAAAAAUCAAUCGACUUUGACUGCAUUUUACUAAUUCGUGUGUGGAAAAAUGGAAAAUAAACGUUACACGAUUUA